AUGCACACAAACUCAACUUCCAGCCCCUGCUUCACUACCGACCUCCUGUUCGCCUCCCCCUACGCGGUCAAGGUCAUCGACAAACAGGCGCACAAGGCUGAUAUCCUGCUGCGACUGAGACGAGAGAUCGACUUGAUGGAGUCCCUUGAGCAUCCUAACAUUGUCAAGCUGCACGAGGUCAUUGAGACACAGUUCACAAUAUACGUCUGCAUGGAAUACGUCGAAGGGUGCAGCUUGGAGGAACAUCUGAAGACACAGGAGUUCGGGAGGAUCGGCGAAAAGGAUGCACGAAAGAUCACUCGGGAACUUGCAGGGGCCAUCUCACAUUGUCACUCGCGGUUCGUCGCUCAUCGGGAUAUCAAGCCUGCCAAUAUUCUGAUCAUGAAAGGCGGCAAAGUCAUGCUCAUUGACUUUGGACUCGGAAACACGUUCUCACUCCGGUCUCGACUCAAUACCAUCUGUGGUUCGCUUCCUUACUACUCCCCUGAGAUUGCAAGAGGCUCGACAUACAUGGGACCCGAAGUUGAUAUCUGGUGUUUGGGCGUAGUCUUGUACAGGAUGACCGUCGGUCGGGACCCCUUCAUCGGUGCAACAAAACGAGAAGUCAAGCUUCAGAUUACCCAAGGAGGCUUCCAGGCACCUUCUUCCCUAAGUCAGGAACUACGGACGACACUCACAAAGCUUUUGACACCCGAGAGUUCACAGCGUCGGAGCCUUUCAAUCCUGGAGAACGAUGUCUGGUUGCAUAUGGAUUCGACCACACCACCUUUCUUGGUUGAGGAGCGUAGCAUGACCGACACCAGUCGCCUCAGUGGGGCCACGCUUGUGCGACACCCUUCCAAGGCAACAACUACUACGGGUGCGACUAAAUGGAAGCGGCUUUCGAUGACGGAUUCUUACUACUAUGGCAAGACGGGGUCCUUGUUCGGGAGCCGGUCGCUUAUGGCGGAUACUAUUAAUGCGGGGGUAUGGCAGUUGGACAAGAGCCAACCACGGUUUCACAAGUCGCGCGUCAGGAUUGUCCCCUGCAAGGAGACUGCCGGACGAGAUCUGUUGUUCCAAAAGGAUGUCGACCUGAGUCUGCUCCAGUUCCUGAUGCCCAUUAUACGGUCGUGUCAUGUCUCGUACUACCUCCAUUCGACGUCUCGUAUCCUCUGUGGGACCAGCUUUAUCAAGGACUCGAUGUCGUUUGCGGCGUCGUUGGAUCAGUUCCACCACCAGCCCACGAUGGUGUUACAGAAGAUUGUUCAGCAUGUUGGUGCUGCCAUGACCGGUGGUGGGUCGACUUCAGCACAUUCGGCGUUCCAACAUCAUUCGUCAGGAGUAGAGCAAGGACGGAGUAAUAACAUGCGAUGUGGCGUGUUCUCGAUCGAUAUUGUCAAGGCCAAGGGAAGGACGGGUGAACGAGGAGGACAUGUGUUAAUUAUUAAGCGGUUGUUUGGGUCAGCUUCUACGGUGCAGCAUUUCAAGAAGAUGUUCAUUCAGCAUGCUACUGCAACCCCUUUUUCCCCUCGCGACUCUGGCAUCAAUUGA